AUGAGUGAUUUGAGUGAAGAAUUGACAAGGCCGGGGUCAGACGGUGACCAAGUGGAAACAUGUGUGGUCUCUGGUGCGGGCAUGCACUUCCCGUGGCUGCGCAAACAUCUAGACAGCGUGGCAGCUGGAGGGAAGAAGAAGAAGGACUUUGCGCAGACCACAGGUGCUUGUCUGAGUCUCGCCCAGGAGGCCUUGCUGCAGCAGCAGUGGCCGCGCGCCGCCGAGUUCAUGUACAGCUACCUGCAGACCCUGGAGGACUCGGACAGCAGCCAGCGGCAGGCUGCGCCCGAGAUUAUAUGGAAGCUUGGAAGCGAAAUUCUAUUUUACCACCCCAAAAGCAACGUGGAGACUUUCAGUGCCUUUGCGGACCAGAUGAAGAACAUCGGCGUCUUGAAUUACCUGAAGAUCUCCUUGCAGCACGCGCUGUACCUUAUUCACCAUGGGAUGCUAGAGGACGCGAACAGAACUCUCAGCCAGGCGGAGACGUGGCGGUACGGGGAGAAGUCGUCUUCCCAGGAAAUACUGAUCAACCUUGUUCAGGCCUAUAAAGGGCUUUUGGAAUAUUACAGCUGGUCGAAGAAGAAGAUGGAAUUGUCGCAGCUUGAUAAGGAUGAUUAUGCUUACAAUACAGAAGCCCGAAAUAUAUUGAGCCACAGUUGGAAGACAUCUGUACAUUUUAGUGCACUGAUUAAAACUCCUGGAGUUUGGGACCCUUUCGUGAAGAGUUACGUGGAGAUGCUGGAAUUCUAUGGUGACCAAGAUGGGGCCCGAAAGGUACUCACCAAUUAUGCGUACGAUGAAAAGUUCCCGUCCAAUCCAAAUGCCCACAUCUACUUGUAUAACUUUCUAAAGAGAGCGAAGGCACCAAGAUCAGAGCUGCUCAGCGUGCUGAAGAUUUUGUAUCAGAUUGUACCGUCUCAUAAACUGAUGUUAGAAUUCCAUCUGUUACUUAGAAAAUCAGAAAAGGAAGAGCACCGUAAACUGGGGCUGGAAGUGCUCUUCAGCCUCCUGGACUUUGCCGGGUGCACUAAGAGCGUGACUGCUUGGAGGUGCCUGGCGAGUUACCUGCGACAGACUCUGAUGGCGAACCAUCUUGGGUGGGUCCAGGAAGAAUGGGAGUCUAGGAGGAACUGGUGGCCUACCUUCCACUUCAGCUACUUUUGGGCAAAAAGCGAUUGGAAGGAAGAUAAAGAUUUGGCUUAUGAGAAAGCAUUUGUAGCUGGAACGCUGUUAGGCAAAGGUUGUAAGUAUUUUCGAUAUAUUUUAAAACAAGAUCAUCAAGACCUGAGGAAGAAAAUUAAGCAGAUGAAGAAAUCAGUGAGAAGAUACAGCAUUGUGAAACCAGCAGUAGAUUAAAUUUUAGUUAUUUUUCAAUUGCAGCCAUAGAGUGGUGGGUAGCUCAGUAGUUACUGAAUGUAUUUAUUUAAGGUUUUAAGAAACUAUAAACUUUUCUUUAUUUUGGUCUUUUUGAGACAGGGUCUCAUUAU